CUCCACGUUGGACUUUGCGGUGCUGGUAUCGGUGGUCUCGCCGCCGCCAUUGCGCUCUGCCGCGCGGGCGCCCAGGUCACAGUCCUCGAGCAAGCGUCCCAGCUGGGUGAAAUCGGCGCUGGUAUCCAGAUGACCCCCAACGCUGCGCGACUCCUCAUCAAGUGGGGGGUCGCUGAUGUGAUCGGCGAGAACCUCGUCGAGUUCGAGGAGUUGAACAUGCGCCGGAGAGAUGGCACCAAGGUCGGCUACACCAAGAUGAUGCCGAACAUUCGGAGGGAUCUGAAAUACCCCUGGUGGGUGGUGCACCGCGCACAUCUGCACGAGGGUCUCGUGAAGAUCGCCGAGAAGAACGGAGCCAAGCUGCUCAUCAACUCCCGGGUGGAGCACAUCGACUUCCAGGACGGCAAGAAGGUCACCGUCACCACUCAAGCCGGCAAGAAACACACCUUUGAUUUCCUGAUCGGAUCCGAUGGUGUCAACUCCGUCGUGAGAAAAACCCUCUUCCCUGAAGUCAAGCCCGCACCACCAACCAACAACUGCGCAUACCGAGCCAUCGUCCCCUACUCCCAGAUCAGAGAGGACCCUGUCGCCAAGGAGCUGAUUGACAAGCUGACCAUGGAAGUCUGGAUGGCCGACAAAUCAUACAUCAUCACAUACCCUAUUUCCGCUGGAAAGGACUUCAACCUUGUCCUCUCCCACCACAUUGACCGCGCCAUUGAUAAGGUCGAGGACAUUGACAUGAACGACUUGAGAAAGGAGUACGCCAACUACGAUCCUAGAAUUAAGCGCAUUGUGGACAUGAUCCCCGAGGCGCAGCGCUGGCCACUGCUCGUCACCGGCCCUCUCAAGUCUUGGAGUUCACCUCAGAAGAACGCCGUGUUGAUGGGAGACGCGGCACACUCCAUGGUCAACCACAUGGCUCAGGGAGCUGCCACUUCGAUGGAGGACGGAGCCUUCCUCGGACGCUGCAUUGCUCAGGUUGUUCGAGGCCGUAUCACUCUCGCCCAAGCUGUCGCCAUCUACGAGAAGGCCCGUAUGCCUCUGGCCUUCCAGAAGCAACAGGUCUCAUUCUUGAACGGUGCCAUCUGGCACUUGCCAGACGGACCUGCCCAACAGGCACGGGACAAUGCGAUGAAGCUGGAACUCGAGGGCAAGCCCUUCUUCCGCAGCCCCAACCUGUACGGAGACCCAACAACCGUCUUGUCGGUGUACGCAUACGAUGCAGAG